AGCAAGGGAGAGAGACUUGCAAAGCUUGAGAGACAAACUGAUGGACAGGGAAAAAGGUAACAGCUCAGCACGCAAAGGGCACACAGGUAUGAAGGGGUAUAGAGAACACACAGGGUGAACGACAGAAUCAGAGAGGGAGAGGCUGUGAUAACAAACAGGCAAACAAGUAGAGACAGAAAUAGGGAGAGGAGAGACCGAGGGAAUCAGAGCUAGAGGGAGAGAGAGAGAGAGAGAGACGGACUGUGAUAAUAGACAAGUAGAGAUAGAAACAGGAAGAGGAGAGACAGAGAAUCAGAGCUAGAGCGAGAGAGAGAGACAGACUGUGAUCACAAACACACAAACAAGUAUAGAUAGAAACAGGGCGAGGAGAGGCUGAGGGAUUCAGAGCUAGAGGGAAAGGCAUAGCAGGGAAGGCGAGAGGAAGUGAUGGCUGGUGAUGGAGGGAAGGGUGUGCAGCGAGGAUCAGAGCUGACUGAUAACCUGAGCACUGACCUCAGCUGCCCCAUCUGCAUCGACUAUUUCCAUGAGCCGGUGAGCCUGAGAUGCGGCCACAACUUCUGCAGGGAGUGCAUCCUGCGUGCCUGGGCGCAGUCAGAGCACGAUAGCGGCAGUGUCUCCUGCCCUCAGUGCAGGCAGCAGUGCGACAGGCAGGACCUCACCAGCAACCGGCUGCUGGCGAGCAUCGUGGAGGGCUUCCAGAGGCUGUGCCGCCCCGACCCUGCCUCCCCGCCGCCCCCAAGGUGCCAGAUCCACCAGCAGGGGCUCCGCCUCUUCUGCUCCGAUGACCUGCAGCUGGUCUGCCGGGUCUGCUGGAAGUCCCAGCAGCACAGGAACCAUAAGUGCACCGCCGUCGGCAAGGCUUACAAAGUCUGCAAGGCCAGUUCAAUUCAACUGCUCCAGAAGAAACUGAAGGAAUACCGUGAUGCCCAGGCAGAGGCAGGACUGAAGAUCUCCGAAACCCUGGAGCGGGCGGACCGCCUGAGGGACCAGAUCGCGGCCGAGUUUGCGGAGCUGCAGCGGUUCCUGCAGCAGCAACAGCAAGCUGUCCUCCAGAGCCUGAGGGAGGCGGCCGACUCUGCCGUCACCCAGCUGGCGUCCAAUAUGGCGCUGAUCUCUGCCCGCUGUGACCUCAUCGAGGAGGCCCUCGAAGAGAUCCAGUCAACAUGGGAGAAGACAAAGCUUCUGAGGGAGAUCAAAGGCAUUCUUCAGAGAUGUGACUUCGAGACAGAACCUCUUCCAAAGAUACCUGAGCUGAGUCUGGGGGAGUUUAAUGGACCCCUGCAGUACACAGUAUGGAAACAGAUGCUCAAGAUUAUAAGCCCAGUUCCUGCCUCUUUGACACUGGACCCGGAGUCAGCGAGCGCGGACCUUGUCCUCUCCAAGGACCAGACGAGAGUGAAGGGCCGCUUCAAGCUGAAAGACUGGCCAUACGGCCCCAGGACCUACCCCGCAGUGCCACGCAGUCGGAAGCAGUUCAGUAAUUACGGCUGUGUGGUCACGCGGGAAGGCUUCACUUCCGGCAAGCACUACUGGGAGGUCAACGUGGAGAGAAUGGAUGAGUGGAUCGUUGGCGUGGUGAGGGAGUCCGUGAACAGGCACGAUGCAGUCCCGCUGACGCCUUCAAAUGGCUUCUGGACCUUGAGAAAGUGGAACGGAAGUGUCUACGGUCCCGAGCACCCGUGCAGUUUUGACGUAAAUCUGAGGAGGGUGGGAGUCUGCGUGGACCACCAGAGAGGGCAGGUGUCCUUUUAUAAUGGCGAUGACAUGACACACCUCUGCACCGCAACGGGCCAGUUCAGAGAGAAGAUCUACCCUUUCUUCCUGCCUUUUCCACAGACAGUGACGAAGGAGACCCUGAACCUGUUCCACUUGAAACUGUAGCUCAAUGGGACACAGACAGUGGCCUGUUCGGAGCAUCUCUCCUUCCAGGAAUAGGGGAAGCGAAUGGAAUUUUGGCAGUUACUGCUGAAGGAGUAACAGCAGCUGCAAGGCGAGACUGCCCUUGGAGUAUUGUGUACACUUUUGAGCGUGUUACUUGAGAAGGGAUGGAGUUGUAUUGGAGGUUUUUCAGAGGUGGCCCACGAGAUUGACUCCAGAGAUGAGGGGUUUAUCUUAUGAAGAGAGAUUGAGCAGUUUAGGUCUAGACUUGCUUGAGUUUAGAAGAAUGAGUGGAGAUCUAAUCGAGGAAUAUCAGAUGCGCGAGGGAAUGGACAAAGGAGACACAGAGAAGAUGUUUCCUCAUGGUGGGCAAUGUAGAACGAGGUCAUCAUUUUAGAGUAAGGGAGGAACAGACGUAAAACUGGGGUGAGGAGAAAUUACGUCUCUCAGAGGGGGAGAGCCUUGAAUCCGUGGAGUUCACUACCCAAGAGUGUGGCGGAUGCUGGAACACUGCGGCAAUUUAAGGAGGAGAUAAACAGAUUUUUAAUUUGCAAUGGGUUGAAAUGUCAUGGGCAGCGUGCAGAAAAGUGGAGUUGAGGUCGAGAUGAGAUCAGCCGCAGUGGAGGAGACCCGAGGGGCUGAAUGGUCUACUCCCUGCUCCGAGUUCUCAUGCUCCCCGGUCUGACCGUCCGGCAAGUUAAUGUCACAGCUCACUUGCCCUGUGCCGAACAGUUCUAUCGAGGAUGCAAUUGGUUUGACUGGCAGGACAUUGUUUCUUCAAACUGGAAUUCAUGUCAUGUCAUGUUGCUGUGGGCUCGGUGGGUCCCAGUAACUGUGAGAACACAAUCUUGUUUAUGGGAAUCGCAAAUAUGGACGCUGGAGAUCUGAGGCAGAAGCAGAAAGUGCAGGAGAAACUCAGCAUCCUGAGAGACGAGAGAGAGAGAGAGAGAGAGAGAGAGAGAGAGGGAAAAACAGAGUCAAUGUUUCCAGUCUGGUGGGCCUUGGGUCAGAAGAGUUCUGAGAAUCUCCAGCGCUUUCGGUUUUUGACUUGUGUAGAACCUUUCCCAGGCAUUUUGUUUGCUGGAGCAAUGGACAGCGGUAAAUGAGGCUCCAGCUCUCAAGGGAGAAGCUCUUAUUCUGACUGAUUGCUGGUGGCAUUUAUUGUCAGGGUGUACACACUGACAUUCCACCUGUCUGAGUACCUUCAGGGCUCACCAUCCUCAGCCAUCAGGUGCCAGAGUGGGUCUUGAACCUGGAAUUCCUGGGACACAGGCAGUAAAACAACUCUGCCUGUCACAUUUAACACCCCCCCCCCCCCACACACACCACAUCUUCCUGCUG